AUGUUAAAAAAAAUCAAUUCUUUGAGAGGAUUACAAUUCGUUAUUGACGAAGCACACUGCAUUAAAGAAUAUGAAUAUUUUAGAAAUUCCUGGACUAAAUUAAAUGUAGUAAAAAGUGGAUUUCCAUCUGUUCCGAUGCUUUUUUUAACUGCAACAUGCACCUUGGAUACUGCAGAAAAAUUACGUGCUAUUAUAACACCUUCUGAAUUACAAAUUAUCCGAAGUAACAAAAUUUAUAGGCCUGAUCUUAAACUUGAAAUAAUUUCAAAACCAUGCGGAAAAGAAAAACUAAUACAAGCUAUUAUUUCAGUUAUUGAUUCUAUAACAAAUGGUCGAAUAAUUAUUUAUUCAGCAUCUAUUUCUGAUUGUAUUACAGUUGGUCAAUUGCUUAUUAAACAUUAUGGGUCUCAGAAUAUAGGAAUAUAUCAUAGUAGUAUGAAAAGUGCAGAUCGUGAUAUAACUUUAAAAUUAUGGAAAGAUAGCGAAAUUAGAUUUAUGUCUGCAACAAAUGCUUUUGGAAUGGGAAUUAAUAUAUCAGACGUAAGGGCUAUAAUACAUACUACAUUUCCAAUGUCCCUUGAUAGCUUUAUUCAAGAAAUAGGCCGUGCAGGCCGUGAUGGUAAUGGUGGACGUAAUAUCAUAUUUUUUUCUCGAGCUGAUCUUCAUACUUUGACACUUAUUCUCUAUGGUGGGCAUGAAAGUAUACAAGAAAACAUUGAAAUAUCUCAAGAAUUCGAUGAAUCAUCCAGUUUGACAGAAAUGGUAGCUCCCACAAAUCAGAAAAAGCAUUUAAAAGAAAAAAGAAAACAAUUAUUAGAAAUGAUCCUUAUAUUCCGGUGUCAUAACUGUGAUAAUUGUUGCCGACGUGAAGCCAUUUCUACUGAAUGGCGAAAUGUUAGCAAUGAGGUAAAUUGGAUAGUUAGAAUCGUAGAUCAAUUGAUAAAAAGAGUUACCAGCCAAGAUCCUAAGUUAUUACAAAUCUCAAGAGAUGAUAUCACCGAUUGUUUUAUGGGUUCAAAAGGAAAAAAUGCAGUUAGUAAAGAUCUAAGUUCUAUAGAAGGUUAUGGAGUCUCAUCUGAAAGUUGUUCAAUUUUCAACGAAGAUUGCUUAUAUUUGAUCGAUUCAUUGAUCUUAGCAGAGAUUAUUACCGAAGAGGUUGAUAUCAAGUAUUCUAAAGAAGCAAAAUCGUUAUCAUAUUUAUCUAGUUUG